AUGAGAGCUGUGCGAUUUCAUGGACGAGGUGAUGUCCGCAUUGACGAGGUCGAAGAACCAGUUUGCGGCAGUGGCCAGAUUCGACCUGCCUUUGUCGGAAUCUGUGGCAGUGACCUCCAUGAGUAUCUUGCUGGCCCAAUCAUUGUCCCUGUCACUCCGCACCCAAUAACUGGCGAGAAGCUGCCGAUCACCCUGGGCCAUGAGUUCAGUGGUACAGUCGAAGAGAUUGGCUCAGGCAUUGCAGGGUUCAAGGUCGGGGAUCGGGUUGUGGUCAAGCCUGACAUCUUUGACGCCACGUGUUCAAGCUGUUCAAUGGGCAGCUUCAAUGCCUGCGAGAAACAGGGAUUUAUUGGGCUCAGCACCCUGGUGGAACCUCUCGCCGUCGCAUGGCACGCCGUAAGCCGCAGUCCUCUGCAGACAACUGACACGGUACUCGUCGUUGGAGCUGGACCGAUCGGUCUGGCUAUUAUCCAGGUACUGAAAGCCAAAGGUAUUACAUCAAUUAUUGCUGUGGAGGUCUCUAAGCAGCGACGAUCAUUUGCCCUGGCCCAGGGCGCCACCGAGGUCCUUAACCCCGUUGGUGUGGAUGCAGUUGCGCAGGUACGCGCCUUGACUGAGAAUCUGGGUGCAGCUAUUGCAUUCGAGUGUUCUGGGGUUUAG